AUGAAGGGAACUCUCAAAAUUGUCGUCGCUGAAGCGAGAAAAUUGAAGGAUGAAGAUCUUAUCGGCAAAAGUGAUCCAUAUAUUAAACUUAUUCUCGAUAAAAAUAACAUUCAAACGACUCAAACCAAGAAAAACGACUUGAACCCCGUAUAUAAUGAACAAUUCAUCUUUAACGUUGACGGACAAAAAAAGCUCGAAAUCCAAGUUUGGGACAAGGACACAUUCGGAAAAGAUGACUUGAUUGGUGAAGAUGAGAUUAAGCUUUCUGAAGUUUGCUCUAAAAAAUACGUAGAUACUUGGGUUAAACUGACAAAGGGUAAACUCGGAUUCUUAAGCAAAGGAGAAGUUCACUUGAUUAUGGAAUUUCAGUAA